AUGUCUGCCACACAGAACAACAAUAGGAAGAAACUGCUGCUGAUGGGCCGGUCUGGGUCCGGGAAGUCCUCGAUGCGGUCCAUAAUCUUCUCGAACUACAGUGCGUUUGAUACGAGGCGGCUUGGGGCGACCAUCGACGUCGAGCACUCGCAUCUGCGCUUUUUGGGGAACAUGACGCUCAAUCUGUGGGACUGUGGUGGGCAAGAUGUGUUCAUGGAGAACUACUUCACGAAGCAGAAGGACCAUAUCUUCCAAAUGGUGCAGGUGCUCAUCCACGUGUUCGACGUCGAGUCCACAGAGGUGAUGAAGGAUAUCGAGAUCUUCAUGCGCUCGCUGAAACUGCUCAAGAAGUACUCCCCUCAGGCGAAGAUAUUCGUGCUCCUUCACAAGAUGGACCUUGUACAGUUGGACAAGAGGGAGGAACUGUUCAAGAUUAUGAUGGACAAGUUACAGGAGACGUCCGCGGAGUACGGGUUCCCAGACCUCGUUGGGUUCCCGACGUCUAUAUGGGAUGAGAGCUUGUACAGGGCUUGGUCCCAAAUAGUGUGCUCGCUUAUCCCCAAUAUGUCCAUUCAUCAGAGCAACUUGGUCAAGUUCAAAAAUAUAGUGGACGCCUACGAGAUUAUCCUGUUCGAAAAGACGACGUUUUUGGUGAUUUGCUCUACGGAAACACCUGGUGAGGGGACACAGAUUGAACCCGCCACUGUAUCGACUACUCCAACACCCUCAGGGACAAAUACAAACGUCACUGCAAACAGGGGGAAACCAAGCAGGGACCCGAAGAGGUUUGAAAAGAUCUCGAAUAUAAUGAAGAACUACAAGCAGAGUUGCACGAAGUUGAAAAGCGGGUUUAAAACGUUGGUGCUGAACGACUCGAUAUACGUCAGCGAUUUGACGGACAACAUGGUAUGCUUUAUCGUGCUUAGGGACAGCGAGCAACCGCAGCAGCUGGUGCUGGAUAACAUUAGCAAAGUAAGGGGUGCCUUCCAAUGA